UCAAUCACUAGUACGGCAAAGGCUGUCGGGAGACGGGCCUAGCGAGACGCUUUGCCAACGCGGAGAGAGAACGGGAAGGGAGAAAAAAAAAUUCGAGAGAAAACUGUCGAGAAAAGAAGCCUUCCGAUCAGGCGUGUGAGAGCGAGAGAGAUAGAGACGGGAGAAGCCAAUCGACGGAUCACCCGCAGAAAGAAUCCGAGCGCAGACUCCGUUCAGCGACCCACCAUGAUGUCCACCUCUGUGGUCCAGGUCACCAACAUCUCCCCGGUGGCCAGCGCUGAGCAGCUGACCACUCUCUUCAGUUUCUUGGGAGAUAUCGACGAUUUCCGCGUCUUUCCUUCCGACAAUUCGCCUAUCCCAGUUUCGACAAGGGUAUGUUACAUUAAAUAUCACGAUCCUGUGAGUGUUGGUGUGGCCCAGCAUCUAACAAACGUGGUUUUUAUAGACAGAGGCCUGAUAGUUGUACCCUUCAAUGAAGGUAAAAUCCCAGAAGAAGCCAAAGCCGUGUCCCUUUUAGCUCCUGCUGGUACUACAGGAUUGAUACCUGGUGCAGGCUUGCUCCCAGUCCCUACUUCAAACCCCCUUGCUUCUAUAACUACAGUUGAUGCAGUUGCGAGUUCAGUGGGAGCUGUUGUUGGUACUGUCCCUUUGACCACACUGGGAGCACUACAAGCUGGACUUGAUCCUACUCUAACAGCAUUAGGAAUAAACUCUCAACCCCCAGCAAUGGGAAAUGUGGACCCUUCAAAGAUUGAAGAAAUCAGAAGAACCAUUUAUGUUGGAAACUUGAAUUCACAGACAACAACAGCAGACCAGUUACUAGAAUUUUUCAGCCAGGUUGGUGAGGUCAAGUUUGUACGUAUGGCAGGAGACGAGACGCAGCCAACCCGAUUUGCCUUUGUUGAAUUUGCUGAACAACCUUCUGUACUACGAGCUUUGGCCUUCAACGGAGCCAUGUUUGGGGACAGACCUUUAAAAAUCAAUCAUUCAAAUAAUGCGAUUGUGAAGCCUCCUGAGAUGACACCACAGGCUGCUGCCAAAGAACUUGAAGAAGUGAUGAAAAGAGUGAGAGAAGCCCAGUCCUUUAUAUCAGCAGUUAUUGAACCAGAUGCAGAAAAAGAAAACGAUGAGAAAGAUAGAAGAUCACGAUCCUAUUCCCGAUCUCGAAAGAAAAGAUCUCGUUCCAGUUCAAAACAAAGGUGUUCCAGGAGUAGGUCGCAACACCGAUCUCCUUCAAGACACAAAGAUAGGCGUGAUUCUAAGAGUCCUCUUACAAAGCGUUCACGGUCAAAAGACAGGCAUCGCUCAAAAAGUUGUUCCCCAUCAAGAGAAAAGACAACAGAAAGUGACAGCAAAGGGAAAGAAGAAAGCAAAGAUGGAGAUGGGGAUUCUGAGAAGAAGAAAGAAAAGAAGUCUAGCACUCCACCAGGAAGAAAUAGCUCAUCUAGGAAAUCCAGGAGUUCAAGCAGAGAAAAAUAUCGCAAAAAAAGCAGGAGUUUAUCAAGAAAAAGAUCUAAAUCUCCAAGGAGGCGGUCCCGGUCGCCGAGGAGGCGGUCCCGGUCGCCGAGGAGGCGGUCCCGGUCGCCGAGGAGGCGGUCCCGGUCGCCGAGGAGGCGGUCCCGGUCGCCGAGGAGACGGUCCCGGUCGCCGAGGAGGCGGUCCCGUACGCCGAGGAGGCGGUCCCGUACGCCGAGGAGGCGGUCCCGCUCACCAAGGAGAAGGUCCAGGUCGCCGAGGAGAAGGUCCAGAUCACCACGAAGGAGAUCAAGAUCACCACGAAGGCGACCUAGGACACCAAAGAGAAAGUUGUCCAAAUCUCCAUCUCCAAAAAGAAAUAAGAAAGAGAAAAGAAAAGACAAAGACAGAGGGCACAGCAAAGAUAGAGUUGAGAACAGAGAAAAUUCAAGUGGCCAGAGUCAGGAUAAGAAUAAACGAGAUCAUUCUACCUCUAAGAAGAAGAAAGAUAAGGAGAAAGAAGGCAAAAUCAAGCUGGACAAAACUGAUAUCAAGGUGGAAGGAGAAUGCAAUAAUGAAGAAGGGCAUAUUAAUGAUGCAAACAAAGACAAAAAAGAAAACACUGAAACUAGCAGUGAAAUCUUGGCCACUGUUAAAGAAAAUGGAGACCACAACACAAUUCACCAAAACACAGAAGAUGAAGAACAAGAAGUUAAGUCCGAGAAGUCUGAGAAUAUACCUGUAGUUAGUGCUGAAGAAGAAAAUGGAGAAAAACAAGAAACACUAACUACAGACAUAAAUGAUUUGCAAAACAAGCCUGCUUCUUCAGCUGAGGUAGAAUGUCCUUAGCAGCUUGACCUGAUUACAUAUCUGUGUGACAUUAUCUUUGAUGUUUCUCAGAACUGGAUGAUGCUUCAGCAUUUUAAAGUGAGAAAUCUGUAAUGAAAAGCUUAACUUGAGUUUGCAUGAACCAGUGAGCAUAGAAUGGGUGGAUAAGUGAUGUCACUCAGACUGAAAAUGACAAAGCAGUGCCUUUGUCAUAAAAGAUUUGUAAAUAUAUGUACUACUUUCCUUAAACUCUCUCAAUGCACAUGUUUGCCUUCACAGAAUGUUGUUAAGCCCGUAAGAUGUCCGGACAUUAUUUUGUUGAUGUUGAUGAGGGGAGGGAACAGUGUCAUAUAUCUUUUUCAUAUGGAUCUUUUAUCCCCUCCUUGCAGUUAUAGACUGAACCAUUUGUAAAUGUAUUGAUACUGAGAGUUGAGAUAGAAAAAUACAGUUAGAUGGAACAAGAUUUUAUUACAGUGUCUGUUUUUCACAUGAAGUAAAAUUAAUGAUUCCAAUCUCUGUGAAUUUUUCUAUUUGUACUUUAUAGCUUUGGCAAUUAAAUGAAAUCAAGCUCUCUGUGAGCGUCAGCAAUCGGGAGAGUCUUAUGAUUUGAUAUGUAACAGCAUUGCAGUGGUACCAAUACUUACACUGAAAUUAUAGUGUCAGUAUUCAAUUUAUCCAGGUGGUUUUCUAAUUAUUUAAUAAGACUGGCUUAUUCACUUUGAUUAAGAUUUGGAACUGCUAAUUUAUUAUCUAGUUUAUGGAAGAUGUGAAUCAAAUUGUUGCUAUAAAUUGUUUUUGCCCUGAGAGUUUCAAACUAUGGCCAUUAUUCAUUAUUAUUCAGUCUAGCAGCUAUCACGAACUGGACUCAUACUGACAAACUCUGAUGAGUUUGUGAACAUAGAUACCAAGAAAACGAGACAUGUGAGGAGGUGGCUCACUGUUCUGUGACUCGAUCUCCUACAAUUACUUUAGUGAUUGGAUGCAUCAUUUCCAGUGAUACCAAACUGUAGCAUUCGAGAAGAUUCCACAUUCAGUGAUUUGCCAGGGUUGCUUUAGCAAUGAAAUGGCAGUUAGGAUAUGACAGGUUCUGCAAUUCUGUGGGACAAGAAAGGGAUCAGGCAGCCAGAAUUUCUGGUUAUAAGUGUUAUCUGUGAUCCUUGCAACUAAUCGAGCACAUAAAUAUUAAAUGAUAAGGAUAAGGGCUGACUGUAUUGCUUACGCAUGAAGAUUGGCUGUAUAAAAGUGCACAGUGACUGUUGGUUAAACCAUACUGUGGUAUGAACAGUGAGAGGGUUGAAAAUCGAAUCAGCAAAAGAAGCAGUAAUUUCUUACAUUUAAGAAACCGGUAUGGUGUAUAACAAGAAAAUGUUAUCUUGCCAUUUGCAUUUUUAGGCGAAAGUGCUGUAACAUAGUGAAGAACGUUUAAAUGCAGUAUAGUUACUUCAACACUUUUUGAAAAUAGUGUUAUUAUCUCUUUCUUUAAAUCUGUUAUUUUCAGUGGCAAUUGACUGUUUUGGUGUAAUAGGAAAGAAUGAUAAAGCUGUAUUACUGUAUUUCAUGGCCCAGUAUACUAUAAUAUGUAUCUCAAAAUCUGCUUAGAAGCCAUAAUUUGUCUGGUUUGAGUAAUAAGUUAUUCUAAAAUAUUGAUAGAUUAAUUUGACUUAGUAGGAAUCUGACACUUUUUCCGUACACAACUGCAUUCCUUCUAAAGAGAGUGGGGAUUUGAACUCCUUUCUGAAAUAAAGACCUAUAAUGGCACCCAAGUACUGUACCAUGAUAUAUUGUACUUACCAACACACAAGUUAGCACACUUAACACUACCAUUCAUAAUCCAAUUAAUAUUUUCCUCACUUCUACAGAAUGCCACAUGAUAUGUUAUUUCUUGGUUGAUCUAAUAACAUAAAAGUGAAUAAUGUCUGUUUCCUUUUGCUAAUAGUUCAUGUUAAAUAAGCUCCAUUUAUUAUGUACUGCUUACAUUAGGAAAGAUACUUGUGCGAAGAGAGUAAGGUAUUUGCUUAUAUUUUGGAAUAUUUGGCAUGUGUAAGGCUCUGAAUGUCUGCGAAGAUGCUAUUGUUAUGUUGUGUUAAACUGUGAAGUGCAAUUUUCUAUUAAAAGUUUAUAGUACAAGAAGAACCAUUGUACAAAACAUGCAAAUUGCUUAGUUGCUAAUUACAGUGUAUCCUCAGAAAAUGUGAUCAGUCAUCUUUGUGGCACUAAAGAUAGUUGUGUGAUAUCCAUUUUACAAAUUGUUGCAGAUUGCUGAUGUGAUUAUUUAGUACAUCU